AAAACACUACGGACGUGAGUCAACACGGUUACGGAAUAUACCUCCAUACGUAGUUUACGAUCUUAUGAGGAGACGACGACGUCCUCGAAUCAAGAGCAGUCGUUCUGCGCCGGCUGGCCCGGCAGCUUGGGCCCCUCCGCCCUCUUUCGCCGUGGCGGAAGGGGGCCCGAGGGACGCGGGUCCCGGGCCCCAGGGCUUUGCACAGGACCAGUUGUUCAUCUGGACUCGUUUCUUUGACCAUCCUGGUGCCCGAGGGCCCCAGAGGCCCAAGAACGGUGACACUUUCCAGGACCCCCUUCCUCCAGGACCCGUUUCUUCAUGCUAUUUCCCCUCCGCCUCGGCACCUCCUCUCAGGUGUACGCCCUGGUGCCCAUCGCCGUGAUCGCGUCCACGUACUACUGCAGUCAGCACCCUGCGAAGGCGAGCGACGCUGCGCUCCCACCAGAGGUCCCGGAGGUUUUCACCUGCCUCGCCCUGGACGCCGCUGCGGCCGUGUCUAUCCUGCUGUCGUUCCCGCACAUGAGCCAGUGGUACGUCUGGCUCGGCAGCAUCGCCUUCUUCGGGGGCGCGGUCGCGUUCUACCCGAUGUGGCGCGAAGUCAUGCUGGAGUGGAUCGAGCCCCUGUUCGUGGUGCGCAGCGGCGGUGACAGAUGGAAGCCGAACCAGACGCGCCAGUCUAUCAGGACGGCGACGUGGCUGUGUAGCCUGCUGUGCGCCGCCACCGCCCUGGGUGACAUCGUCCUGCACCCCCCGCAGGCCUCCGCCGCCGCUGCACCCCUGUGGUCGCAGGGCAACCUGCUGAUGCUGAGGUGGCAGUCCACCGUCGCGGCAGAGCAGAGCGAGAAAGAGAGGAUGUUGGCGACAGCGGCAGACGCCCUCGGGAUUGGUGUCGACACGCUGAAGGUGAAGGAGACGUUCCCAGAGCACAGGCUGAUGAUUUUCCAGGGAUCGGAUGUCACCGCUGGCAUCGAGGCGCCGGUGACGCUCAAUUGGCAGGCCGCGAUGAUGAAUCCGAAGGGCAAGCUGGCGGAGAUCGCGGACUCGAGCUUCCCCGCCGCGCUCAACGUGUCGAUGUGCCAGACCGUCAGGUUCCUCAAGUUGUUGAUCCAGCACCUCAGUACGAAAACCGGGAUCCAGCUCGAGGAAGUCACGUCCUCGAACAAAUUCCAGGCUGGCACAUACCUCCACUUGGCGUCUCAAGAUCCAUCUGCUCCCCCAGGUCGUUUGUGCCUACUCUUGCGGGACUCCGAGGAGGUUCGCCGCGUCUAUGCCGCCCUCCACGGCCAGGCCAUCCAGGUAGGGCAAGACUGCAUCGCCAUCGAGAUCAGCAGUGACCUGUACGAUGGCAAGCUGCCGAGAGCAGCUCGUCCAGGCCCGACGUCCCCGUCACACAGAAGGCCGACGCCCGCGCGGCCUACGUCGCGGCGUGCGACUGGUGGACCCGGCACCAAGGGGGGGGUCCAAAGCUUAGCAGUAGGAGAGACCACGGGAACAUCAACGUUCGGAGGUCCGUGCGGAUUCCUUGGAUCGGCGAGUGACAGGAUUUGAUCCUUUGGCCCUGGUGGAGAGAAGGUCACCGUCGAUCACAUCCUGCAGACUAUUCGGGAGGAUGUGGCUACUCGGCUCAAUCCCCCUCGCACAGAUGGGAAUGUGCAGUUCUUGCGGG